AUGUCGCUCAAGUACAAGGAAAAUGGCAAACUAGACUCGCCUGCUCUCUAUACAACGCCCAACCAUGAAAUCAAGUUGAUUGAUACAGAAGUUGCCAAGCCAGGCCCGGGUCAAGUCUUGGUUCAUGUGAAGGCAACAGGUGUCUGUGGCAGUGAUGUUCAUUUCUGGAAGCACGGCGCUAUUGGGCCUAUGAUUGUCAAGGCCGACAACGGCCUGGGUCACGAAUCAUCGGGUGUCGUUGUUGAAGUAGGGCCUGAUGUGAUGCGUUGGAAGGUGGGUGACAGAGUCGCUAUUGAGCCUGGCAUUCCGUGCGGCCUAGCGACAUGCUAUCAUUGUCGUACCGGUCGAUACAACGCUUGUCCGGAUGUGGUCUUCUUUAGCACACCGCCUUAUCACGGCUUGCUCACACGCUAUCAUUUACAUCCCGAAGCUUGGCUACACAAGCUACCAGACAGUUUGUCCUUUGAGCAAGGCAGUCUCCUAGAACCGCUCUCUGUGGUGCUUGCAGGAUUCGAACGUGCUCAACCGCGUUUGGGUGAUGAAGUGCUCAUCUGUGGUGCUGGCCCUAUUGGACUCAUCUCACUCAUCUGUGCUCGAGCUGCUGGUGCUUGUCCCAUUGUCAUUACAGACAUGAGUGAGAGUCGCCUGGCCUUUGCCAAGAACCUGGUUCCUUCUGUACGCACGGUACGGGUCACAAAGGACAAGUCACCAGAAGACGUGGCAGCAGAGAUCAAACAAGUGAUGGGCUCAGAAUUGGGUCCUGUGUUGACAAUGGAGUGUACCGGUGCAGAGCCAAGUGUUGCAGCAGCUAUUUAUGCUUCGCGUUUUGGUGGUAAAGUAUUUGUGAUUGGUGUGGGCAAGGAUACCAUGAACAUCCCAUUCAUGCAUUGCUCAGCAAAUGAGAUUGACUUGCAAUUCCAGUAUCGCUAUCACGAGACUUGGCCAAAAGCUAUCAGACUGAUGGAGGAAGGGGUGAUUGAUUUGAAGCCACUUGUCACGCAUCGCUUCAAGCUCGAGGAGGCGGUUGCUGCACUGACCAACAGUGCUUCGCCUACCAGCGGCUCUAUCAAGACGAUGAUUAUUGAUGAUGAAUAA